UUUAUGCGACGGCACAGGCAGUAAGGAAUGUUUUGUCUAGCAGCGGCAAUUUAGAUCCGGUAUCGCUCACAUCUAAAGGGUAGGAUACAUCUUGCUGAACUUUCUUGAACGCACAAAACAACCUUUAAAUGCCCUAGUUAAUAUUUUUUCACAGUCAAAUGUCGAACUGUUCAAUGGUUUGUUAAAUCUCUCUUCUAUGGUAUGUAGCUCUUUUGUGAAUGGCAAAUGAUUUGGUCCCGUGUUCCCGUCAAGACCACGUGACUAAUAUGCAUACUAUCGUAUCUCGCAUGUAACGAGCGUGAAAACUACCAAAGAGUGUACAGGUUCUUCGCAAUAUACUGGAUCGGAGUUAAUUAUUUUGACGAAUGGAUAAUACAUAAUGAUGUAACUUAACAGUAUUACACAACGUCCGGAUUAUUUCGUAUUCUGGUUUAAUGCAUUGAAAAUACCGUUUAUUCUUGGAAUAAGUACUAAGAUGAAAUUCCUAGUCUUCUUAAAUCUCGCCGUCGUGUGUACAGCCGCCGUUGUGCCUAGUGCCGACUUUGACAGAUCGUUUGUGAAAUAUAUCAAAGACAAUGGCUACAGGGGUGGACAAGUGGGAGUGAUGAUUGAGGACAGGUUAGCGUUUGCUAAAGGUUACGGCAAAAACCACGAACAUAAAGAUAUCUACGUGCACAACCUAAUCCCAGUCGGUUCCUUCUCUAAGGCAUUUACGGCAGUGACUAUAUUGAAACUAGUGGAGGAUGGUGUCUUAGAUAUUAACGCUAAAGUCUUUGGAAAGGAUGGAUUGCUUACCGUGAUCAAACCUUGGAAUGAAACUACAGUUGACCCGCGGAUUUAUGACAUUACCGUUGACCAUUUACUUCGACACACCGGAGGAUGGGACUACACAAAAUCAAAGCUGAUGGAACCGCUUUUGAAUUCCGCCCUGAUCGCCAACGGAUACAACCUUGAAAACAUCUCCGAGGAAAUGAAACUUCCGGAACUUACAACGCCUAUCGACGUCAUCCGGUUCAUGCUGUCAAAACCUCUCGAUUUCACCCCCGGAACAAAGUCUGUUGUGUCAAAUCUUGGAUAUUCUAUUCUUGGUCAAAUAAUCGAAAUGAUAACGGAUUUUGAUUACGACCAGUAUGUGAAAAAGCACGUUAUGAUUCCUUGUGGAAUGAUGUACACCAAAAUCGGUCGUCCACAUGUAUUUGCGACUGCGCGUGACAAUAAUGAACCUAUUAUGAGUGAUGUCGCUAAAGUGAGUCCUGAAUUUGUCGGACCUGCACUGGGUUGGGAAUCUAACAUGUACGACAUUAUGAGAUUCUCUCGUUGUUUGGAUGGGUCGGGAGACUUUAAACUUUUGUCUGUUAAGUCCAUCAAGUCCUUGAUGGCCAAACCUUCUGCCGUCCCUGUUCAACAUGGCACUAGCUGGAUUGGGGCUGCUUUCAACGUUAACAGCCGCGGGGCUAUCUGGAUGGAAGGAGAGUUCUUCACGGACGAUUUGCUUUUUUUCCACCGAGGUCUUCUUGUCAAGAAUGACCAGAAGAAACAGUCGAAUGCUGCGCAAGAGACGCCCUCGGCGUAUGCGGCAUUUUUUACAGGCCAAAUGUUCACGCCUUUAAAGACCAGUAUCCAUGACCUCGUAAAAGCGGAAAAAUUAUGGUCUGCUGAAAAUAUGUUUCUUGAUGACAUUGCCGAUAUAAAAACAAAAUACGGGAAAGUUGAACAAGUCGUCAAAUAUAAGCUCGAGGAACACCAUCUUCAAGGUUACGCCCGGGCUCUCUCCCUCCUUCGUUAUGACAUCAAAUGGAUAAGCGGAUUCUCAUAUAAAAAGCAGACAUACUUUGUUGUCAUUGCUGAAAAGAAGGAACACUCGCUCUUCGACAAAGUUAUUAUCACCCCUGGGCUUACCGAAGCAACCUUAACACAACACAAGCUGCACUACGAAAAAUCAGGUUUCAACUUGACGUAUCUGCAAAACUACAUGUCUCAUUCCCACCGCGGUUCCGUCUUCGUGGCCAUUUUCCGCAAACAUUCCUAUUCGAAUUCAACAAUCAUCAGAUACGGUCUUCAGCAUUACACGCAGUCCUACAAGAAGCUGAUUGAGUUGUAUGCAGAACAAGGCUACAUCCCGACAUCGCAAUCACUGAUGUACAAUGGAGUAGAUGGCUUAGUUAGUUUUAUUCUUCAAGAGGACGAAAAUAGAAAGACCCAAAAGGAUUAUCGGUCAUAUGAAGACACCCCGCUAGGACGUUUGAAUAAACUGGUCACCGGAAACGCUAAGUACAAAAGGAAGCUAGUUUACUUAGAUGUAGCAAACUACUUCGGAAAACCGAAAUUUUCAGCAGUAUUUGUGAAUGAUAGAGUUAAUUCGAUGCUCUUCAAUUCCAAAUUAUCAGUUAAAGACAUGACAAAAAUAAUACAACGCGAGCAAAAGUACGGAAAACUUCCUCGCAUCAUUGUUGCCUAUAGUGACAGAGGUUCUUUGUGGUAUGCCGUUUUCCUCGAAAAAUGAACCAAAUACAGAACGCACCUGAGUGAAAUCUGAGAAAACGGAGUUUUGAAAUUGGUUCUAUAGUGACGUGUGGCAAAGACUUGCUUCAGAGUAAAACUUGUCAUUUUUGUACAUAAAAGGGAAUCAAAGCACAGUGUGAUAUUCGUCAAAUGUGCAUAUGUCCUUUAACGUGAAGGAAGCGAAAAAAGUGCACAUCACCUAUUUCUUCAGUUAGUUAUGACUGAAACCCUAUAUAUACAAUGACCAACAUCACUGUAGUGACUUAAUACGAACGAAUGCAUUUUCACAACACUGAAACAAAUCUAGGAAUAUGAAUCUAAUAAGACAUGUUUCUGGAUUAUCAAAUUCAGCAUUAACAGUAAGUGGUAGCAGAACUUACGAUUUACACUUGAAUUUGUAUUAGGAAACCGAGUUCAAGGGGACUAUCUAUUUCCGUCAAAAUAUUGACUUUCAGCUGUCAUUGAGGUUUUCUUUACUGAAAAUGAUAUCAUUGGUAAAACUUAUUUAUAUUGAGUGUUUCAUUUCCCGCUCGCGUUAUGUGCAUCACCUAUAUAUGCCUCUCUUGAUAUAUAUUUGAAAUAAUGUUGAUUUGAAAAGAUUAUGAAACUACAAAGUCUAAAUAAGGUCUGAAUAAUGGAUAUUAUAAUAUUUCCGAUAUACUGUUAAUGGUUAACAUGUGACCUAUGAUGGUGGUUUGUACAUUUUGACCUUUCUUGCAUUGUAAAUCAACUUCUACAAUGUAAGCAUUAUAACAGCUACUUGCAUUCACUUGUAUUAGCGUUGAAAAUUUGAUUUCAGAGAUGCAGCUUCUUUUGUAUCUAUGUUUAUAGUUUAAUAUACACGUGUUACAAAAAACUGUAAUAAAUCUUUUAAUACGGAA